AAGCUGAUCUACUGAAAGACACUGCUGUAACUUCACAGUGCUGAGACUUCUUAACCCCUGCCCUCCCCGGAAGGCCCAGGUCCGAUUUUAAACGUUCCUUCCUUUCCCCUUAACGUGCAGCACCAAAUGCACAUCAGAGUCUUCUGCUGUACCGAGCAUCGCGCCGUCAGCCGGGCCAGGCCAUCCGGCCUCAGUUCCACCCUCCUUCCCAGCGCUUCUGCUUAUCGCGGCCGCCACGUCCGUCUUCACACCGGACGCCACAAAGCAUCUAGCCGGAACGACCCGCACUUUCCUGGGUCGGACAACAGCGGGGCCAGUACGUUGUUUGCUCGAGGAGCUCUAGCAUCGCUGCACCUUAGGCAGGGCGUAGAGACUGAGCGAUGGGCAGGCGCGGGGUCCGGCCGCUGCUGCGGAAUGUGGACAUUAAGGGUUGGCGGCCAGGGCGCUACUGGAAGGUGGAGUUCUGGCAGGCUCUCGGCGCGUGCGCACGUCCUUCUGGGCGGUAAUGUGAGAUCCGAGGUUCGGGCGCCUGGCGCCUUUUGGGAGACGUAGUCAGGAGAGGUCAGCCGUCUGGGCGCGCGGCCUUCUGGGAAGUGUAGUUUAUGUGGGCGUUUCCGCCCACGCGCGGAGGCCGCGGGAAGUGUAGUUUAUGUGCGCGCGGCCUGCUUGCCAGGGGCGGACGCCACGCCACCGCAGGGUCUCGGGAGCAGAGCUGACUGCGGCGGCGGCUCGCGAGCGCAAUGUCGCAGGGGCCGUUGACGUUCGGAGACGUGGCAGUGGACUUCUCGCGGGACGAGUGGGCGCGGCUGCGGCCGGCGCAGCGAGAGCUGUACCGGCGGGUGACGCUGGAGACCUACGGCCACCUGGUGUCCUUGGGUCUUGACAUUUCAAAGCCAGAUGUGGUUUCCUUAUUGGAACAAGGUAAAGAGCCCUGGUUGGGGAGAGGAGCUGGGAGAGCAGAUGUCUUUUCAGUUUCAGAGUCAAAUGAAGAGAUCAAAGAGUUUCCUCCCAGUAAUGUCCUGUAUGAAGACAACUCACCCCAGUAUCUGUUGAUGGAAAGAAUCCUAAGCCAAGACCCUCAGUAUCCCAGUUUUACAGUUGACUGGAAAUGUGAGGAUGAAACUGAGAUGCUUCAGGGACGUCAGGAAUGUAUCAGACAAGUGACAGUUUCUCAUCAAAAAGCUCUGUCACAACAUCUGAGAAUCACUACUGUGGAGAGGCCCUAUGGAUGCCAUGAAUGUGGAAAGACAUUUAGUCGGCGCUUUUCCCUUGUGUUACAUCAGAGGACUCAUACUGGAGAGAAACCAUAUGUAUGUAAGGAAUGUGGCAAAACCUUUAGCCAGAUCUCAAACCUUGUGAAACAUCAGAUGAUACAUACUGAGAAGAAACCCCAUGAGUGUAAGGACUGCAACAAAACAUUCAGUUAUCCUUCAUUCCUCAUUGAACACCAGCGGACACAUACUGGGGAGAAACCCUAUGAAUGUACAGAGUGUGGGAAGGCCUUUAGCCGUGCCUCGAACCUCACUCGACACCAGAGAAUUCACAUAGGAGAAAAACAGUACCUGUGUAGGAAAUGUGGGAAAGCCUUUAGCCGUGGCUCAGAACUCAUUCGCCAUCAGAUAACACAUACUGGAGAGAAACCUUACGAAUGCAUUGAAUGUGGGAAGGCAUUUCGUCGUUCUUCACACCUCACUCGACACCAGAGCAUUCAUACCACCAGAACCCCCUAUGAGUGUAGUGAGUGCAGGAAAGCUUUCCGUUGCCACUCAUUCCUCAUCAAACAUCAGAGAAUUCAUGCUGGAGAAAAGCUCUAUGAAUGUGAUGAAUGUGGUAAGGUUUUCACAUGGCAUGCAUCGCUUAUGCAACAUAUGAAAAUUCACACUGGUGAAAAACCCUAUGCUUGUACCGAGUGUGACAAAACCUUCAGUCGGAGUUUUUCCCUUAUUCUACAUCAGAUUACUCAUACUGGGGAGAAACCCUAUGUGUGUAAGGUAUGCAAUAAAUCCUUCAGCUGCAGCUCAAAUCUGGCUAAACAUCAGAGAACACAUGCUCUGGAGAACCCCUUUGGUUAUGAAGGCUCAUUUAAUUACCACUCAUUCCUUGCUGAACAUCAGGGAAUUCGCACCAUAGCGAAAACCUAAGAAUGUAUGGAUUUCUGUUUUUGAAGCAGUUAAUGCCUUACUUUGACUUCAGAAAAUUCUUAAAAAGAAGCCUUUGUGAAUGUGAAGAAUUGUGCUUCAUAUCUUAUUCAGUGUCUUGGGAGAAAACCCAGAAGUAUGUGUGGAAAGCCAUAAAUGACUGCUCUUUGUAAUACCAGAAGAUGAAAUCAGUCAAUAUUGAGAAGACUAUCUGGUAGGAUCCUCUUGAUCUACAUUGUAAAAUUUUACCAGAAAGGGACACAUGUCUAAUAUAAGACAGCUUUAAAUUAGAAAUUGGUCUACAUUUUGCAUUCUAAGUUGGUAGAAUGCAAAGGUAAGGGUGUAUUUUUUUCCUGAACAUCAGAAAAUUCAUACUGAAAUAAAAUACAGUAUGAUUAGGGAAUCCUUUCAUGUACCAUGCAAUAUUUAUUAAAAUUUUAAAUAUUUUCCUCAGAGUAAAAGCAACUCCCCAAAUGAAUUGAGUAUAGGGUGACGCUGCAGUAUUCAAGAAUUAUAUUUGGCAGAAGCUGACAUUAUAAUGGGUAUGGCAAAAAAGGUCUAGGGAGUCAUACUGGAGGGAAGCAGUGUGGAAAAAAUUUUGGGGGGAGGGUAUUUUGCUUUCGUCUAAAGCAAACUGAAAAAAGAUAGCUAUGAAUAAAUCUUUUGGUUUUAGUAAACUAAUCUGGUACUUGCUGAAUUUCUCCCCACAGUAUAGGUGAGUCCCAAAAUUCAGCUACUACAAUAUUGACAUCAGUAAUGAAAUGCAGUGUGCUUUUGUGGAAAUACUACUCAAAUAUAUAGAAACAUUUUUAUGUCUCUUAGGAAUUUACCUUUGAGAUAGAGUUUGUGUUUUAGGUUUUGCUAAUUCAUGUUUAUCCUUGAGUCUGAUUAGACAUUUCUUAGUCUGAAAUAAAUGGAAAUAAGGCAUAUCACAGGAAAACACCAAGGUAGUUUCCUUCUUCGGUUCCAUUUACAGUGAAAAUAUUUCUUUUGCAAGCACAUGUUUAAAACUACUUUGGGGUCAGCUACUUGACAAAGCUCACACCAUCAGGAUGAGUUGGCUUAAAUCCUGAAGGUAAGCAAUUUUGUAGAAAGAAAUAGGUAAUGUAGAUAAAAGCUACUUUAUUGUAUUAUCUUCUGUAUUGUAGAUGCUGCUUUGAGGGCAUAUUUGUAGAAGGUGUUCUUAAGUAAAUAUCUCCUGUUGUAUUUUCAUCUUGAAGAGGUAGGAUUUAUGAGUGUUUUAGUCUCAAUGAGCCCUAGUUACAUGUGCUAGAGAUACAAAUGUUUCAUUGCAAGGGCUGUAAUUCCUCAGACCUAUCAUCAGGUAUGACAUUUUUAUUCACAUAUUUUGAAGCUUUCCAGCUGUCUAUAAGAGUUGCUUAGGAGGUUUAUCUGAAAACGAUCUGCUGUCUGGCUUGGUUUUCUAGAGUGACAGUGGCUUACACAAGGGUGAAAAUGUUACUCUGAGCUGUUAGCAAUAUUAUGGAGAACAUGAAAAACUCAUUUAUAAAUCUAGAUGUCUAUUUCCUGGCAUACCGGAUUCAUACACUUUAUAUUCCUGAUCCCCACUCCACCCUAUGCUCAUAUACGUUUGCCUGUUUGCAUUGCAGCAGAAUGAAGUACAGCAGAGGUUUUCAAGCUUCAGUCCAUGAGCCAGCCCUUUACAUACUGUCUGGCUACUUCCUUUUAUAACAGCAGAGUUAAGUAUUUGCAACAGACCCAUAAGGCUAAAAUAUUUACUAACUUACUUUUAAGAAAAAGAAAAAAAGCUACCCUUGACUCUGGUUCUCCAGCUUCUGGUUGAGUGCAGCUGGAAAGCUUCAAAAUAUGUGAAUAAAAAUGUCAUACCUGAUGACAGGUCUGAGGAAUUACAGCCCUUGCAAUAUAGCUUACAUUAUCCAUUCAUUUGCCUGUGCAGGUAGUAGUUCAGUUCACGAGAAAUAAAAUACCUGAAUCACUUUAUAACGAAAUUUUCUGUAAGACGGAUCUAUUUUGUGGAUUUUGCAUAGCCUGGAAAAGCCCAGAAGAUGUUCCCUUUAAGGAUUUAGAAAAUAACAGUGAAGAGCUCUUUAGGACCUGUCCUCUCUAGGUGGAGAUGACAUGGGAGGUUCUACUAUGGAAGUAGGGUUUCCAGUUCAGUAGGAAUCAUGGAUCUUGAUAUGAUAGAAUGAAAUUAACAUAAAAAUCCAAGUGAGGAGUAGUGAUACAUAGGACGUUCCUAGAAAUAAAACACAUAGCCUGUCAAUUGUGUAUGCGCUGGUAUGCGCAUGUGUAUAUGAAAAUGUCCUCAAGGUCAUUCCUUUUUAAGGCUGAAUAGUAUUCUCUGUGAAUAUAGCUUACAUUAUCUAUUCAUUUGCCUGUGCAGGUAGUAGUUCAGUUCACAAGAAAUAAAAUACCUGAAUCACUUUAUAACAAAUAAGAACUUUGCCUUAAAGUUUCCUUCAUCUGAUAUUGUGAACUACAUAGGUCAUCCAAAAACGUUUUCUCUUAAUUUGUGGUAACAUAUUUCAGAAAAUGAAGAAUUUGUGCUUUUAUCUCCCUCAUGAAUAGAAUCUAUAUAGCCAAUAUAGCCGAAGCAAAUUAUUUACAAAUUUAAGUAAGUCAGAAGCAUGCUUUUGAAAAUUACUUUUUUAGAGGUUCAUGAUGGGACAACUUUUAAGACAACUUCACUCUGUUCACUAUGUACAUUAUGCAACUUAACAGACAAGUAAAAGGAAAAAACAUUAUGAUUCAGAAAUAACCACUGAUAACACAUCUUUGGUGUUUAGGAUAUUUUCAAUGCAUGUAUAUAUAUUAGCAUUAUAUAUAUUUAUACAAAGAUGAUCAUGCUUCAUUGUAAAUAAAAAAAUCAAUAUAUGAAACACCUUACAUGUCAAUAAACACACAUUUUAGUGGCUGCAUUUCAUUUCAUUCUAUGGACUGAAUUUAAAGCCAGGUAACUGGUAAUUGGAAUUUUCCAUGAUUUGUAUCAGGGAAAGUGGCAGUAAAGUCCAGGUGAGGUGCUGCGAGAGAUUGCCUGAGUGUCUUGCUAUCAGUGUCCCAAGAAUUUUGGGCUGAAACUAGUGCAUAAAUCCUACUCCCCCACCGUGUGGAGCGUGUCCACAUGCCACAUGCAUUGGGGUCAUC